CAUUCCCUCCUCCCUACUUUAAUGCUAGCUAAGAUGGUGGUUAGAGCGUAAAUUGUCUCUACAAUACCAAGAAAAGAAAGGGGCAAAACAUCCUUGUAGCCUUUUAAUCACAACAGAACAUCACUAAUACGGUUACCUUAUAUGACCGUAUAUAGAAAUUUUGACAUUUCAGAUAUAUUGGCUCGCAGUCCCCGCCCAAUUUGGUGUGACUCCCUCGGAGUGGAAUCUAAGCUAAAUACGGACAGGGUAAGUAACGCUAAUGUUAGCCAGCUCCUACUGUACCCGAAUAAAUUAAGGACACUUCAGGCUGUAACGACUCACAGGCUUGUAUUUGUGUUACUUCAUGAUCAUUGCACCACUGUCCAGGUAAUCUUAGUCUCACCUGAGCAGUGUCAGUUGUUUAUAGUGUGAAAAACUCCCUUCAGUUCAGAGUUAGCUCGCUUAGGCCGCGUCCUAUGAUGGUCGGUUAGCGGUUGCUAGCGGUUAGCAACACCCGAGCUGUCAGUGAAAAUGUAGGUGAAAUUUUAACAUUUUUAUGCUCUUUUAUAUAAAUAUUUCAUGUCAAUAUCAAGUAAAUAUUCACUCUCGCGUGUUCUCGUCCUGUAAUAUAACUUGCAAUCGCUCCUGUGUACUUGUUAAUAGUUAGACCGGCUUCUUUUACCAAUCCGCGGCUAAUGUUAGCUUAGCUUCACGUUAGUUAAAUAACAUCUGUCAUAUUGUACAGUCUAGAGCAGCAGCUAAAGUUACCAGCCUGGUUAAAUAGAUUAAUAUUAAGUCUCGAUAAACAGCCAAAACAAUUAGGAGAUAUCUGUAAAGUAACGCGUUAAAGCCGUGAUAUAUAUGUACGUGUUAAUGUAUUAGCCAAAUGUUGGCAAGUAUUCGUGAAGCUGGCGUUUUUCUGUGUGUCUGAUUUAACUCUACAUCGUCGGGUUUUCGUGAUCGGAGUGUGUCCGUGGGUUCAUCGUGUGGCAGCAGUGUUGUCACGUUAAAAUAAGCCUAUUUAUUUAUUUUAUACCUGCUACAUCAGUCGUGACGUGUGUGGUCCUGUCAACACCUGAAGAUGUAACAACAUCCGCAUCGGCUCUUUAACAUGAUGAGUGCUGCUGUGUUUGGGUUUGUCGUCUCUUUAAUACAGGUGUUUACCUUUUUAUUAAACGAUACUUAAUAAGAUGUCAGGUCCUCAAACCUUCACAGGUGUCUCUUAUUGUUGAAAAUGUGAACAAAGACAAGGGUUAAACUUUACAUUCAUGCUUUAAUAUUUCACUUUGGGACAUAUUUCUGUUUCUUGGAGACUAACAUCCCAGGUUCAUUUCAAAUUUUUUGGGCAUUUGUCAAAAAUUGGAUGAUAUCUGUUUACUGUCACUGUGGAUUGUCAUAAGACUGUGAAAUGAUACAUGAUCUGCAUGUUUUAAAAGGAUUAAAGUUGUAAUAGGUACAUCAUAUUUACCUGCUGAUUGAUUCCCGUAAAGGGUCACUUGUGCUUACAGAUUUGAUAUUUUUUUAUAAUAACAUAAAUGGUUGAAAACUGUAAACAUCUCUUCAAGUAGCUUCCGACUACAACUUUGUAGCACCACAAACUGAGGCCUCAGAGUUUGUUAAAAUGCCUGUAAAAUCAUAAGAGAAUGUGUCCAUCAAUAAAGACAGUUUGGCUGCAUUAAAUUACAUUUAUUAUUACAUAAAUAGCCAUUUUUUCUUCUACUGAGGGUUUUGAGUCUUUACUGCUGUGAAAGGACACAUGAUCUGCAUGUUUUCAAAUGAUCAAAAUAAUAAUAGGUCCAUCAUUUUUACCUGCUCAUUGAUUCCUGUAUAGGGUUGCUUUUGCUUAUAGAUUUGAGAUUUUCCUACUGAAACAUAAAUGGUUUAAUAUUGUAAACAUCUCUUUAAACAGCUUCCGAGUACAUCAUUGUAGCACCACAAACUGAGGCCUCAGAGUUUAUUCAAAUGCCUGUAAACUCAUGCAAGAACGUGUCCAUCAAUAAAAACAGUUUGGCUGCAUCAAAUUACAGUUAUUAUGACAUAAAUAGCCUUUUUUCCCCUCUACUGAGGGUUUUGUAGGACUCAUGAUCUGCAUGUUUUCAAAUGGUCAAAGUAGUAAUAGGUACAUCAUAUUUACCUGCUCAUUGAUUCCUGUGAAGGGUUACUUGUGCUUACAGAUUUGAGUUUUUCCUACUACAACAUCAAUGGAUAAACAUCUUUUCGAACAGCAUUCAAGUACAACUUUGUAGCACCACAAACUGAGGCCUCAGAGUUUGUUAAAAUGCCUGUAAAAUCAUAAGAGAAUGUGUCCAUCAAUAAAGACAAACUGGCUGCAUUAAAUUACAUUUAUUAUUACAUAAAUAGCGUUUUUUUCUUCUACUGAGGGUUUUGUGUCUUUACUGCUGAUAAGGAGGUUCAGAAUGUAGGAAAUUGGGACGUUGCUUGUCAAAGUCACUCUUGGGGGUUUUAGAAAAUGUGAACAGCAAAUUUAUUUUGGUGAAUGAGUUAUUUAAGCUGAUACUAAUUCUUCCCCUUUUUCAGAUUCUUGCCUUUAUUGGUAGUGCAACUAAAGAGAGACAUGUAUAGUAGAGAGAGGAAACCCGUAGCUGCUGUGUAUGGUGUACCUUCUCUGCUUGCUAGUUGAUGCUUUUACUCUUGUCAUGAUUGAGCUCCAGUAUUCAGACUUUGUAUGUUUCUUCAGCCCCUGUGCUCUGUGACCAGCUUCAGCGUUCACCCUUGCCGCGCCAUAGGAUGUCCCAUAGCCCUGAAAUGAAGGACGACCCCAUGGAGUGCCCUCUGUGCAUGGAACCGCUGGAGAUCGAUGACGUCAACUUCUUCCCCUGCACCUGCGGCUAUCAGAUCUGCCGCUUCUGUUGGCAUCGUAUCCGUACAGACGAGAACGGCCUCUGCCCUGCCUGUAGAAAGGUGAGGGGCUGGAGGAGACAGCAGGGAAACAUGUCAAAAGUCUAAAAAUGAGGGGGGGGGGUCGUGAAAACAGCAAUUAUGAUCAUCUAACGUUGACAUUUUGGUCCUGUUGUUAAGAAGCUUGUUGGUUUAAAUGGACCUCACAGUGCUAAUAUCUGUCAUUAAUCCUUUUAAUUCAAGAGUGUGUCCUGUUCACAUGAUAAAUAUCUCAGAUUGAGUCUUACAUGAUGUAUUUCUCUGUAGCCAUACCCAGAGGACCCCGCUGUGUACAAGCCGCUGUCACAGGAGGAGAUCCAAAGGAUAAAGAAUGAGAAGAAGCAGAAACAAAAUGAGAAGAAGCAGAAGGUGACAGAAAAUCGCAAGCAUCUGGCCAGUGUCAGAGUGGUCCAGAGAAACCUGGUGUUUGUGGUGGGGCUAUCGCAGCGACUUGCUGACCCUGAGGUGAGUAAAGUCUCAGAAACUCAGCAACUCUUGCUACCCAUUUGCAUAAACAGCAACAAGGCAUUUUAUACCAAUGAUACUUGAAGCUCAGAUUAUGUCAUAAGGCUCUGACACAGGGAGAUACAGUGAUUAUACCUGAAUACUGAAGAAUUUUAAUGCACAUUUGAAGGUCUCUUUGCCAAAACUCCCACGGAUACUUAAAGUGAAAGGCCUGAGUAUAAAAGAGUUCAAAGACACCCACAACUGUAUGAAAAAUGAUAUGUAUUUAUACUUCUCCGUGCGUGUGCGCCCACAGGUCCUAAAACGACCCGAGUAUUUUGGGAGGUUUGGGAAAAUCCAUAAAGUGGUCAUCAACAAUAGCACAUCUUACGCCGGUUCACAGGUAAGAGGACGAAUGAAAGAGGAUUAACUGACAAUUCAUCCAUUCAAAGAAGAAUAGAAAAACUACGGCACUUAUACAGAUCCUUUGUUUUGUUUUUUUGCAUAUCUUAAAAUAUGAUUAGUUAAAUGUCUAAACAAAUAAGCUUUUGAGUAGUGAAGGAAGUGCUCAUUACUGCCUCAGAACACUAUUGUAAACAGAAUGAAGUUGCCAGAGUAGAUCUGUUUGACUUGUGUGUUUACUUUAACUCUUUAUUUUGUUCUCAGGGGCCCAGUGCCAGCGCUUAUGUCACUUACAUCCGCUCUGAAGAUGCCCUAAGAGCAAUACAGUGUGUGAACAAUGUGGUUGUUGAUGGCAGAACACUUAAGGUAAUAAACUAACCGAGAGUGAUGCUGCUCCUUUAAUUUUUCACAAUAAGGCGCUGAUCGGUGCGUAUCGGUUGAUUUUACCAAACAUCUAUGCGAUGUCUUUACUCCUUCUGUGUAAGAAAUACUUAAUGCUGAAAAAGAAAGUCCUGAGGAGGAAAUUCUUAAUCACAAAGCUUCUCUAUCCGUCUGUCACAGGCUUCUUUAGGAACAACAAAGUACUGCAGUUACUUCCUAAAAAGUAUGCAGUGUCCCAAACCUGAUUGUAUGUAUCUACACGAGUUGGGGGAUGAAGCGGCUAGCUUUACUAAAGAGGAGAUGCAGGUAAAGCAGAUGUUUCUGUUGUAUAUUUACUCUCUCUCUCUUAAUGCAGGCGCUUAUUUUGGUUUAUGAUUUGUUUACUUGUACAAAGGUUAGAGUUAACGUAUCGUUUGUUUUCUUUAGGCGGGGAAACAUCAAGAGUAUGAGCAGAAACUUCUCCAAGACCUCUAUAAAAUAAAUCCUAGCUUUCUACAACCUCCAGCAUGUGGAACAGACAAAUCAAAGAGUAAACCCAACUCCACACAGAGGUUGGUUCACUUGUCUGAGACUUAUUUCAACAGUGUGGUUUAAUAUUAUGUACUAAGCUUAAAUUUUCUCCGACUUUGUAUCAGAUCCAACAGUAGCAAUGGCAAAGAUGGGUGGCCGACACUUUCAGGACAUAACAAACUGGCCAACGGGCUUUCAGAGGACCGCAAGUCUCCCCCAUUGUUAGACUAUCUAGACCAAGAAGUUAUCGCUUCUGAAGGGCUAGAAACAGAGCUGGGUCCCGGCCAACGUACCACCCUGUCCCCCUUCUCUUCUAACUGUGACAGUAACAGGUAAUAAAGACCGCUCAGCAACAACAAUAAAAACUUUGAAGUCUUUGGAUAUCGAGCAUUUUUUGAUGAUCUUACUUUGCCCCUCUGCAGUCCCAGUGACAAACCUCCAGAAUCUAUUGGAAUGGUGAACGGCGAGACUUUACAACAGGUACAAUGACGAAAACUGCUCUAUUUAUAUGAUAGAUAAGUAAAGGUAUAUAAGGUUUGAAAAUGACAGUCUUUGAAGCUUUAGCCCUUCUCUAAUCUCUUUUUUAUGUCCCAGGUACCCAUCAGUGACUCCCCUUCUCCUCCCCCGGGUUUGACCAAGCCCAGCCUGGUGGUGCCCAUCAGCGUGUCAGACCUCACAGCUCGCUCACCAUUCGAGGGCGCGGCAGCGGAGUCCCAGUCACUCUUUUCAGACAACAGUAACUUCAGACAUCCUAACCCUCUCCCUGCCGGCCUGCCCCCCUUCCCCAGCUCCCCGCGCGGCAGUUCUGACUGGCCCAUGACCCCCGAACCACAGAGCCUCUUCACAUCAGGUACACCGCUUUCUGUUUGUCUUAAAAUAGUGGCUGAAAUGUCAGUGUUAUAAUUGUACUAUUCUCCUUUUGUAAAUCCAUGAUUAAGUGUCAGUGAGGGGUAUAAAAUGAGUCUUCAGACUAAUUGAAACUUACCUGCUGUCCCAGCUGUGUCACUGGCUUUAGGAUGUAAAAAAAAAAAACAGAUUGGAAAGACUAGAAAAUGUAGAGGGCGGUGUCUUUGAAUCAAUUAUAUAUUCUGAAUAAUGUCUGUUAUGCAAAAUUACAAGGUGCUUAAAUGGGAAAGAAAAAUACUUGAAAAUUUCUAGUUGCUCAUAUGAAACAUCAAAACCGUUAGGAACAUGUAAACUUUGUAAUAGAUGCCUUUUCACGAAUGUGUUAGAGAGCAGAUCAACGUUUCUCUCCUGGCUUCUCUUUUCUCUCUAAAAUGCAUAACUCAACAUUUUCCUCCACUAAUUAAACCUCUGCACCCUAAAAUGGCUUUACUGUAACACUGCCCCUCUUCUUCAUUUGGUAUGUUUGGCCUCUAAAACAUAAAUCAAUCCACCUCUGACUCUGCUUCCACUGAUAACAACUAUGACAACAGAUGAGUGAGCAUCAGCAGGUUUACUAUCAAACAGCUUAUGAUGAUGACACAGCAUUUUUCCGAUAGAUCUGUGAUGUGCACAGCCAUACCAGUCUGUGGGUGUUUUCACACUGGGACCGUUUGGAGAUGAAAGAGGGUUUUCUGUCUCGGGUCAAAUUAGUAUCAACAGAAGAGCUGCUGCUGGUGGAGAAGCAUCACAGAACUAAAUAACAUCUCAACUGAGGAUGUUUUGUCCAGCUUGUAAAAUGAAGUUUGUCCCUCUAUCUUUGCCAAAAUUGUGUAUCCUUUGACAUGAUCCUGUUGGAGUUUCUUGACUUUCACGUGUCACUGCUUGGCAGAGAGGCCAAAGUCCCUUUAAUUCACGGGCUGACUCACAACUUUGUAAACUUUCUGUGAGUGGCAUCUCAAAGCUGACCGCCCAUCAUGCGAAGUGUGACAAGUACGUAUGGCAUUUGCGAAGCUACGCAGCGGGAAAAUGAGGCUGUGACACAACUGAAAGAGUAGCUCCGCAGAUUUGUGUGUGUGCUCUGGUCUGCUUUAUGGUGUUUUAAGUUAAAUCAAAACCACCUGAGGGGUAAGGAUAGGAGAAAAAAUCGAUACAGUGUAGUAUCGUGAUAUUUUGUCUGGUGAUAUAUCGCAUCGUCGUCUCAAGUCAAAUCUAUGAUAAUGGAAAAAUAAUAUCAACUGUUGGUCCAGUGAGGUUGGCAGAGGAGACAUUGUAGAGUCGGAGAAAGUUAGUGCAACAAAUAUACAUAUAAGGUUUGCAAGAUGUGCUACAUGAAAAUAAAAUACAGCGUAAAUUAGAGAAACAUAAAGGAAAGCCAAAUGCUAAAUGAGUUAAACAGUUGAAUAAAUUGUAUAAAUCGCAAUAUAUUGUAUCGCAAUACUCACUGUGUUGCAAAAUGUUAAAAAUUGCAAUUAUACCAUAUUGUGGCCAAAGUAUAAUAUCGUGUCGUGGGGCCACUAGUGAUUCCCACCCGUACUGACGGGAUAUGCUCCAGUGUAUCGUUUUUUUUUUUUUCCUGAAUCGUAACAAAUCAAAUGAGCCAACCCUGAGUCUGAAUUUGAACUUCUUCCACAAUAAAAAUGCUCAACUGUAACUCUUAUUUUCUAAUUUUGCUCCUCAUGCCUUGGAGCAAAUAUAAGAAAUCGCAACGACAUUUUAAAAAUGUUAGGAAGAAACUAAAUGAAAUGUUAAUUUUCAUUUUUCUGUUAAAUUUCAUCAGUCUGUGCUCUGAUAAGUCAACUAAGACAUCUCAGUGAUUGACAACUCCACUAACUGGUCUCUGUCCUUCCUUCACAGACACAAUACCAGUGUCUUCUUCCACAGACUGGCAGGCGGCUUUCGGCUUUGGCUCGUCCAGCAAACAGCAGGACGAUGACCUGGGCUUCGACCCUUUCGACGUUACCCGCAAAGCCUUGGCCGACCUGAUCGAGAAGGAGCUAUCAGUGCAGGAUCAGAGCCCCUUGUCCCCAGGGCCCUUACCCCAGGGGGCCAACCACGGACCCGGCCUGUCGCUCCCCAACCCAAACCCUGGCGCCUCCCACCAUUUCCCCAGCGGCCUGCCACGCCUCCCCCAGCUCCACCACAGAGCCAUCUACAGCUCCUUCAGUUUCCCCGGCAGUCAGAACAGCCAGGCCAGUCAGCAGCAGCAGCCAGCCGCCAGACACCCCUGGAUGGGCGUCCCGACACGAAAUAACCUCACACACUUGAACCACUCAGCCAGUGCUGCCUCACACAGUAAUUUCCUGGACCUGAAUCUGCCUCCUCAGCACAACACAGGGCUGGGAGGGAUCCCCAUCUCAGGUACCAGCCGCAGGGUCUCUGCAGCACCUUUGUGUGUCCUGAAGGAGGGCUAUAUGUGAAGAAAAAGAUUAGAUGUGUCGUUCUAUCAUGUCAUUACAUACCACAACAUGUAAACAUUGUGAGAUAGCAUGGUGAAUCUGUUUUUUUAGGUUUUAAUUGACCUUCUACAGGAAGUGUCUUAGAUGCAGUCUCUUAGCAGACCACUAGUCUGUGAUAGUGAGUAACUGUUGUUGCCCUUUCUCUCUUGCAGAAAACAGCAGCUCUAUAGAUGGCUUAAAUGUGAAAGAGUGGCAGGAUGGUCUCAGAGCUCUCUUGCCAAACAUCAAUAUCAACUUCGGGGGCCUCCCAAACUCCUCUUCCUCUUCAUCCUCCUCAUCCUCCAACAGUGUUAACCACAUCGGUGGGCCAGCGGGGCCGGCAGGUAUUUCACACAGCCUGAGCUGGGACGGCACAGCCAGUUGGAUGGACCCUGCCAUCAUCACAGGUAGGAAAUGACGAACAUAAUGUCAGCAGAUACAACACAAUGAAUCAUAGUCGAGCUUUGCUGAACUGAUGUUUUUGUCAAAGAAAGGAGCUCAGUCCUCUGUUAAACAAUAUCAAACAUUUAAUUUGGUCUUGAAGAUGUCUUAUCCAUUAAUCUCAAGUUAGUUUUUCCCGAUAAAUAAUCAAGGUUAGAAAAUAUUAAAGUCAGCCAAAUAGUUUAAUUUCAAAUCCUUCAGUUUUUAAAGGUAAAAGGUUCAAAGGGACUCAUGAAAAGAAGGUCCAUCAGGGUUCGACAGUGCGACUAAAAAAAGAUAUGUGCGAAUUGUAAAAUGUAUUUAGGAGCACAUGUGCGCAUAAAAAAAAUUAGCUGAGGCAACAAAUGUUGUUUCACGUAAAUGCUGCGACGAAGUUAGUUUCAGGUUGGAUAUUUGACAUUCACUGCAGAUCUACCGUUGUCUUCUCACUCUCCAUAACCAGUAAUAGCAACAGCAGUCGCGGUUAAAUCUACUCUGCAUCCUCACUGUCAACGUCGGGUGUUGAAUAAGGGACCAUCAAUAAAUUACCAGUUGAUAUUCUCAGAAAAGGCUGUUUUCCUUCUAUAGCUAUCAUGUCAUGUGACCAAUUGGCCUAAAAUUGAUGUCAAAUAAUAAUACUCCUGUCGACCAAUAAGACACACCUCUUUAUUUCCCUAAUUUGUCCUCGUAAAUUUUUUGUGUUAAAUUAAAGAAAAAUUUUGAACCUUUUCUUCAAUAGCUUCCCUGUCAUGUAACCAAAAGACCUAAAAUUGAUUUCAAAUAAUCGUACUUUAGUUGAUCAAUAAGACACACAUUAUUUGAUCAAUUUUCAUUGUGCCCCUAACGUUCUUAGUGUGCUCCUUACUUUUUCACAUGUGCUUCUUCUGAAAAAGUUAGUGAAGCCCCGUUCAUAUGGUGUCACACACUGAUUUCUCCCCUUUCUGUCUUCUCUCUGACCUGUCCCUGGCCCCGCCCCUUCAGGUAUCCCAGCCGCUACAGGAAGCAGUUUAGACUGUCUCCAGGAUGACAACCCGCCACACUGGCUCAAGUCCCUGCAGGCGCUCACAGAGAUGGACGGUCCGGCCGGCUCAGCAGUCCCCACCCCCCAGCCCCUCCACAGCGGCCUCCUCGACGCCCACCUCCCCCUCCAUCACAGAGCCGCCGGCGGCUGGGCUCCAUACCUGCCCCCUCCCACAGCCAACCCCGCCAGCCAGUUCCACUCCCCUCCCCCUGGCUUCCAGACCGCCUUCAGACCCCCGGGACAGCCCGCCACAGAGCUGCUACAGAGUGCCGCUGUGGACCGCCACUGAACACAGACUACAGCAGACACCCACCCAUUCCCCUACUACCACUUUAUACCCACUCAUCCUGUACCCCCUCCCCCCAAUGCAAUACACACCAAUCUGCAGAGUAUGAAAAAUUAUUAACAAAGUAACAAACAUGCUUUCUUUUUUCUCUUCCUCCUUCCUUUUUGUCUAUUCUGAAGGCCUGUUUGUUUUUGUUUUUGUUUGUGGCACACAAGUUAUCAUCAUAAUCACCCUUUGUCUGCUGCCAUCACCACUCCUUACAUCUAGUUCUGGGCACAAUAAGGGGAUUAACCAUGUAGCUCGCCGUCGACAGAAGAACACGACAAACGAUGAAAGCACCGAGCGCCCAGUGGUGACACAAGAGUUAACUCCACAAACUGGCGAGGAAAAACAAAAAUUAGGCUGAAGUGAGGUCUUUUUUAAACGUAACUAAUGAUUAAGCAUGAACAACAUUUGAGUUUUUUUUGAAAGUUGAAGUCACGAUUAGUUUUUCAGAGGAAUGAAGCAAGCUGUGAAUCUGCUCUUGAAGCUUUGCCCCAAAGACCCUCAUCCUCCCCACUUUAACAGGAGACUGUGAAACGGUUAAACCCUAAUAGCUGAGUAAGGAGUCGGACGAGGAUAUCGAGAGAGAGAAGGAGGGAAGGGGUUGGCACUUAGCUUUUCUUUAUUGAGUGUUUUUUUUUUUUUUAAAGAAAAAAAAAGGUGACGAAAGAAGAAGAAGCUGAGAUUUGGUUAGCACACAGAGAGAGAGAAUGCAGAUGACACAUUGGGGAGUUGAGGGCACAGGCUAUGCAUGGGCUCCCUGUUAGGUAGGGACACAGAUGGCCUGCUUGAAAGGCCACUUGGCCCAUAUUCCCUUUACUGGAGGGCUCCCACUGACCCCGUCCUGCUGGAGGGAAGAUUUUGCUGAACCUCUGUAUCAGAGGAUAGAGCACUGCCUAACCACAGGGAGCCAAGGCUUUGGGAGAUCGUGGCACACAUCCUGAGCACUAGGGUUAGUCUCUUACUCACAGUGCCACUGUGUGGUACCUACAGUAGCUAGCCCUAACAUGGACAGCCACCAAGGAGACAGGACAAUGACGAGCUGGAUGAGAAAAUGUCAAAAAAAAAAAAUACUGAGGGUAGCAACAGGGUUAAAGGUCCCUUUGUUCAACCCACGAGGGCUUAAACGAGGCCUUAAAACGGACAGACGAGAGAAAGGAGCUCAAGUGAUUGGAGAAGGAGUUUAUUAGAUGAUUGCUGAUAAAUUCGCAAUAAUGUAUGUGACUUCGGCAACCGUAUGUGAGUGUGUGUCACAGUAGAAGGUGCUGCAAGACAAAAUCAAGUGCUGUAGUUGUGAAUUAAAGAGCUCUCAGUCUUUGAGGAUUUGAGAUCAACCUCUCCGACCACCGCCUUUUUUUCUUUUUUGAAGUCUUAAUUCUGAUCUGUGUUCACUCUCUCUCUCUCUUUCUCCCUCUCUUACCCCCCCAUCCCCCCUCUACACCACCCCACCUACCACCCCUCCCACCUCCUGCUGUUCCCUAUUUAACAGUAUUCACAAAAAUGAACAAACUCAUCCAGGAGAAAACCAACACAGAGUCAUUCAAUGGGUUUUAACGUGAUGUUGCGAGAAAAAUAUAAAACAAAACAAAAUUGAGGCGCUUAAAAGGAAGUGAACUGUCCUCUGCAGGUCUGGAAAAAUGAACCUUAAAUAAAACUGAAAACUUAGAGCCGGUGUUUGUCUGCUGUUGUGAUUCAAAUGUGUGUGCACUAAGGAGUAUUUAGACUUUAAAGUUCACACCAACAUGCUGCACCUCACUUCUAUCUCAGGAAGGUCACUAUAAAUCACCUGGGUGUCUUUCUGUUGUUGUCCAGUAGGGGGCGGCUCAUUUGUCAGUGAUGAAGCUCUGCAGUCAAACAACCUUAGUCCAGCAGCACAUGGAAACUAACACAGAAUCACUCUGACCUUUCAGUUUCUCAGACACAUUAUAGAUCAUCUUGUUUAAAAUUGAAGGUAAAAAACAGCAGAUUUGAGGAUCUGUCAGAGCAGACGGUGGUUUUGCAGCUGAGCAGCUCUGCUCUCUCUCCUGGCCAAUGCGGCAGUAUUUACCUGCAGCAGAGACUUAUUUCUGUCCUCUAGGACCCCUGAUAGACAAUGGGAGGAGCGCUGCCAAUACCCACACAAGGGCUCUGCUAUUUCUACAAUGUGAUGUCUGAAUCAGAUGCCCUCUGCUUCCAUGAGUAACUUCAAACACACAUAAAUGAUCAAUACUUGAAGUUUUUUUCUUCUAUUCGUAGGACUUAAGAACAUUGUCUCCUAGCUGUUAUCUGUCUGAGCCUGUCGGCCCACAUUUUGGCAUAUUUGCCCACUUCUACCUGUUUUUUUUGCCACUUAAAGAAAACUUGCAGAGAUGAUGAUUUUCAGUUUUGUUCUCAUCGGGGUUUCUGUAAAAACAACAAAAAAAUGAAGGUCCAAUUAGGAUUUAACAUUUAGAUAAUUUAGUCAAAAAUGUUUGUUUGAGUGAACAGAAAGUUUAUUUUUUGAUAGACAUGAAAAAUAUCUGCUUAAACUAACUGUGUAUAGAUUUUCUACAAUAAUUCUACAAUAA